AUGUACGGUGGUAAUCCUUAUAUGAUACGAGAAUUACAAACUGAUAUGUGGAUUGAACGAAAUGUUCCUGGUGGAUUAAACAGUUACUAUGGUGAAUAUCUUGAUAAUAGAUAUGGUGGAAAUCCAAAUCCAACAUAUGGUCAAAUAUAUGGAGGUUAUCCUGGAGUUGGAGGUUAUGGUGGUGGAUAUGGCUAUUCAUCUGGAUGGUAA